AUGAACCAUGCGCUGCGACUUUUGUCUGUUCGGCUGGCAACGUUGCAGGUGACACGACCGACACCAAAUAAAAUACCUCGCAGAAUACUACCACGCCUCCAACCUAAUAAGCUCCGAGGGUUCUCAACAACCGUUGUACGAUACCCCCGCAAAGAAGAUGACGGUAAUAAAUACGCGUCGCGCGCUCGCGAUCUCAACCAACAGGGCCUGGAUGAGCAAGAGCAGGAAGUGGUCCUGAGAAAACACCAAAUCGAGCGACCGUGGCACAGACAAGAUGCCGACAAGCCGCCUGUUGAUCCCAAGGGUCAUGAAAAGAAUCGAGAGGAGCCAUUGUCAAAAGGCAAGCUCUUGACCACGCCGACACGUCUUCUGAAAUUGAUCCUCCCCCUACCAGUAUCGGUCGAAAAGAACAGUCAAAACAAUGACUACAACGACCGCGACAGCAGCAGCAAGGACUUUGGCCGCUCGAUAUCAUCCAACGACAAGAUACAACCGCUCGCGCUACUCAUCCAUCCACAGCAGCCUUUGUCGUAUGUGGAACGCCUAAUACAAGCUGAGCUGCCACCUGUUGUGGAGAAUGGUAAAGAGAAGAUACCGAGCAUAUAUUUCCGCGCUGAGGAUACGGGCGACGCCGAUAAUGCGGCCGAGGGUCGUCCCAGACACGCAAAAAAGAAGGAAGACAAGUCAAAAUCUCCCCACGUCGCAUCCUACUCUGGCCUGGGUCAUGAGGCCGAGUCUCGCAAUGACGACGAGAAACGCUGGGUACGGUGGAGCAGCAGCACCGAGAUGGGUGACUUCAUUCGUGACGCGGCGCGGGGCCGCGAGUUCGCCAUCGAAGUGGAAGGCUACAACCUUUCGAUGCACGUUGGGGUGCCUUCAUUCGCGGACCGCACCCACUACAUGCGCAGCCGGCUCCGGCGCAUGUCGAGGUCCAUCGCCCGUCUGACAGAAAUCAAAUCAGAGUGCGACAAGCUCGCGCACCGCGGGGCGCACCGCCUGGCACAAGGCGGCUUCGCCAUGCUGAGCGCCUGGUGGGGCGUUGUCUACUACGUCACCUUCCACACUGAGGCUGGCUGGGACCUCGUGGAACCCAUCACGUACUUGGCCGGACUGACGACCAUCAUGGGCGGGUACUUGUGGUUUCUGUACAUCAGCCGGGACCUCUCGUACAAGGCGGCCAUGAACAUCACGGUUAGUCGACGUCGGGCGGCUUUGUACGAGGCGCGCGGGUUCGACGUUCCAAGGUGGGAGCGGCUGGUCCGCGAAGCCAACGCGUUGAGGGCCGAGAUUGCGCAUGUUGCCUCUGAAUACGAUGUCGACUGGGACGAGAAGGCGGACCUUGGUGGAUCCGAGGAGGUUAAGGAAGUUCUAGAAGCGGAGCGGCACAAGCAGCGGAAGCGUAGCUCCGAGGACGGUGGCGACGAGGACGAGGGCGGAGACGCGAGCCCGAAGGACAAGAAGAGCAGCAAGACGGAGAAGCAGAAGGAGGCCGAUUCCGGCAAGGAUAAAAGGUAG